AUGAGAUUCUCCGCUAUCACCGCACUAUGCGCCGCGCCUUUGGCGUUGGCUGGAUCACUCCAAGCAGACUUGGUUGCACGAGGGGCACUCGACUCAGAGCUGGUCGUCCGAACACAACACGAAGCACCCAAGGCUGAGGGCGAAGGUGCUCAAAAGGGUGGCAACCAGGUCGUCAACCACGGUUCCUCGAACGCACAAGUGACCGAGGUCAUCAUUAUCUGGAUCAACGCUGGAAACAACGCCCAAACCCAGACGGUCACAACCACCAUGCCCCCUCCUGCUGGAGCACCAGCACCUAUGGCAACACAUUUGGUCACUGUUGGUGGAGCAGGUGGACUUGUCUUCUCACCGGAUCAAAUCAAGGCCAACAUUGGAGAUAUGGUUAUCUUCGAGUUCCACUCGCAAAACCACACAGCAACACAGUCAGCUUUCACCACCCCUUGUGAUCCUCUCGCCGGUGGAAUGGACACUGGUUUCAUGCCCAAUCCCAACAACACCAUCAGCCCAGCUCCUCAAGUGGCUAUGCAAGUCACUGUUGACACUCCACUCUGGUUUUACUGCCGUCAAGCCAACCAUUGCGGAAAGGGAAUGACCUUCUCCAUCAACCCCACGGCAAACAAGACCCAAGCUAUGUUCCAACAGAUGGCCGUCGCCCAGAAGGGUACUGGAGCACCCGCUGUCAUUGUGGGAGGACAACCAGCUGCGACUGCUGCUCCACCAGCUGCUUCUCCUCCACCCCCAGCUGCCGCCGCACCACCCGCGGCAAAUGCCCCAACUAUGGUCGGAGGAACUGGUCAAAUGGCCAACGGUGCAUGCGCUUGCUCUUGCCUCUGCGGCGCUGCUGCCUUCCCCAACGCUGCCAUUCAAGGUGUCGGUGCAUUUGGCGGUAUUGCAGGUGCCAUGCCAAUGUCCGCACUCGAGGCAUAG